CGCUGACACGCGAGCGGCAGCCACGGGGCGUGGGGUGUGGGGGGGGAACCGCCCGCACCCACGCGUGUGCGGGGAUCCGAGCGGGGCUGCCGGGACCCACCGCUGCGGGAGGCAGGGAGGGACCCCUGCAGGGGCACGAGGGGGUCCCUUGGGAGGACAGGAGGGGGUCCUUUGGGAGGACACGAGCAGGUCCCUUGCAUGGACACAAGUGGGUCCCUUGGGAGGACACUCGUGCAUCCCUACAUAGGCACAAGAAGAUCCCUCCUGUAGACACGCAUGGAUCCCUUGGGUGGGCACGUGUGGGUCCCCCUGCAUGGACACUCGUGGAUGCCUGUGUAAACACAACCAGGUCCCUUGUGAACACGCAUGGGUCCCUUGGGUAGACACGAGUGGGUCCCUUGGAUGGACACGAGUGGGUCCUUUGCAUGGACACACAUGGGUCCCUUCUCUAGACAAGCAUGGGUCCCUUGGGUGGACACAAGCAGGUCCCUUGUGGACAUGCAUGGAUCCUUUGGGUGGACACGAGUGGGUCAUUGGCACAGACACACCAUGGGGUGGUUGUGGGGCGAGCAGGCAACCUGAGGAGGCCAGUGCAUGUUCCCUAUGGGGCGCCCCACAUAAGGACUCCUGCCUGGGAGGGGUGCUUGAAGAGCACAGAGCAAGCACAGAAUUUGUUCCUGUCAACCUGUGGUGACAACCAUCCAGCUCGGUACCCCACUGCCCCCACAGCACACGCUGAUGCCCUGUCCCCCACUCCUGUCACAGGUGGGAGUGGGUGCCCCCACGGGGCACCAUGCCGCUGGGGCAGGAUGGGCCCAGCUGGAAGAAAAGGACCGAGGACAUUCGGCGCAUCUAUGAUUUCCGAGAGGUCCUGGGCACGUGAGUCACAGCCUGGUGGGGGACACACUAGUGACAACCCACUCACGGUGCUGGAUUUGGCCCCUCCAGCUUUGCCAAACCCGCCAUGUGGAACCACGCCAACUCAAAUAUUGGCCCAAGGCAGGAGCCAAUGCCGGGCUGGCACACGCGGGAAUGCACUCUGGGUAUUGGCACGGCUUUGUGGUGCUGCCUGCCACCUCGCCCGAGUGCUGGCCGAUUCCCCGUGCAACCAACCCUGGCCAGCUGCUGAGCCAAAGGUGCCUGACGGUGGUCCCGCGGCUGGCAGAGGGGUGCCCGACAGUGCCUGGAGCGCCAUAAGCUCUUAGGCUGGAUUAGCGUGUUAAUUACGGCAAGGCUUAGGCCCCAGUGAGGCGUGAAUGCGCUGCCCGCCACCUGUCCCACCUGGGCGGCACUGGCUCCUGCCGGGCACCUCGGCUUUGGGUGGCUCCUGCAGAGCCGGGCAGGGUGGCACCGUGAGCCCUGGGUGGUGUCAAAACCAACCUGGGGCCUUGUGCGCAGCAUGGCUCAUCCGCGGCUGCCGGCAGCACCGCAGUGUUCCCUGCCUGAUAAGGGGAUGGUGCAGCCACGCUGGGAGGUGCUGGGCACCCCAUCCCAGCAGGGCCUAUGUCUGGCCAUCCCAGCGGGCGGCUCCUGCUGGCUUUUCUCCUAUAAAUAGCUGGACUUUCUGCCUGUCGCCAUGGCAAUCGUGGCACGGCAGCGCGGCUGCGGCCAGCAGCACCCCCUGCCCGCUCACCCCUCGCCCUCGCAGGGGGGCCUUCUCCGAGGUGGUUCUUGCGGAGGAGAAGGCGACGCGGAAGCUGGUGGCCAUCAAGUGCAUCACCAAGAAGGCGCUGGAGGGGAAGGAGACCAGCAUCGAGAAUGAGAUCGCCGUCCUCCACAAGAUCAAGCACCCCAACAUCGUGGCCUUGGAUGACAUCUAUGAGAGCGGCACCCACCUCUACCUCAUCAUGCAGCUGGUCUCCGGGGGGGAACUCUUUGACCGCAUCGUGGAGAAGGGCUUCUACACCGAGCGGGAUGCCAGCGCCCUAAUUCGGCAGAUCCUCGAUGCUGUCAAGUACCUGCAUGACAUGGGCAUUGUCCACCGUGACCUGAAGCCCGAGAACCUGCUUUAUUACAGCCUGGAUGAGGACUCUAAGAUCAUGAUCAGCGACUUCGGGCUGUCAAAGAUUGAGGGCUGCGGCAGCGUCAUGUCCACAGCCUGUGGCACUCCCGGCUAUGUGGCCCCCGAGGUGCUGGCGCAGAAGCCCUACAGCAAGGCUGUGGAUUGCUGGUCCAUCGGGGUCAUCGCUUACAUCCUGCUCUGUGGUUACCCCCCUUUCUACGACGAGAAUGACGCUAAGCUCUUCGAGCAGAUCCUGCGGGCUGAGUAUGAGUUUGAUUCACCCUACUGGGAUGACAUCUCAGACUCAGCCAAGGACUUCAUCCAGCACCUGAUGGAGAAGGACCCUUGCAAGCGCUUCACAUGUGAGCAAGCCCUGCAGCAUCCCUGGAUCGCGGGGGACACGGCCCUGGACAAAAACAUCCACCAGUCGGUGAGCGAGCAGAUCAAGAAGAACUUUGCGAAGAGCAAGUGGAAGCAAGCCUUCAACGCCACGGCGGUGGUGAGACACAUGCGGAAGCUGCAGUUGGGAACCAGCCAGGAGGUCCCAGGACAGACAACUCCCACCAGCCCAGGCGAGCGGCUAGCGGGGGGCACCAGCAAUGGGUCGGACUGUGGGCGCCUGCCCAUGAGCAGAGCUCAGCGCCUCUCGCCAGACUGAGCGCAGCCCCACACAACCACAUCGUGGGGGGUGAAGGGGUCCAGCCCCGCUGUGGGCACAAGGAGGGGCAGGGGCCCUGUGUGGGAGCAGGGAGGGAUGGGUUGAGGGGCAUCCUGCCCUGCUCGCCCUGGGAAUGUGGGGCUGCCCCCCGCUGCAGGCUCGCAGCAGAGCUCUGCAUCAGGGCAGUGGCAGCCCCCAGGACCCCCCCAGCUCGGGGCUGCAUCCAGGGCCCCCUUCCACACCUCCCACACCCUCUCCGGCACUACCCACUCCUCCAG